AGAGCGGAAGCAUGUCGCGCUGUAGCAGGAUUUCCAAGCUGACCUAAUUGGUUGUCGUCCUUUUUUAUGGUUUGGAUAUUUUUGCCUGGUGGGAAUUAUGUAAGACUAUUGUGAUGAUAAGGAAGUAUGGUUCCAGCGUCUUAUGUCUUGGCAGUGAAAUAUAUUUUCAGUUUGGUUGUUGCACAGAAACAUUGGACAGCAUCCGAGACAUUUUAGGUAACAAAGAGAAAUAGUUUGUGGCAGCAGAGAAAUAUUUGGCGGCAAGAGAGAAAUAUUUGGUUAAUGAUGUAAAGCCAUUUGUAUAAAAUGAUGUGACUGUGAAAUAUGGCUUGGCAAAAGUGAAAUACUUGUUCAGUUUGUUGGCAACCGGGACAUAUUAGAACACAACAGGGAACUUUAAAAGAAAACAGAUCAUAUUAGAAACAUUUGGUAGCAAUAGUGUUAAACUGCUUGGCAGUAAUUGUGUAAAAUAAUUCGGUGCAUGUGAAAAAUGUCUUUCCAAUAUGUGGCGAUCACCUUAGCAACUGCAAAAUACCUUCAUUGAUAGCAACAGUUACCAUAAUUAUCAACAGGAAAUUGCAGACAUGAAAGGGAAGAAAUGAGUGAAUUAGCCACCCUCAGUGUACUGUUGAAUCCCGACAUAUGCCCGCUUCAUUAGGCCAUGUUCGUUAGUGUGAAUUGUCAGUGAUGAUGCAGACACAUUGUGUCGGCCACUGCCAUGUGAUACCAUCAAUACUGGCCUCUUGGCAGCGGAGUAACAGAAGCGAGAAGAGUCAGCUUUCUAUGGCAUACAUCAAUACUUGGGCCAGCAGGGUAGAACGCUGUUAGUAGCACCUCUGUUAGUUGAAGCAGCACACCUGUGGUAGCAGGACCAGUACAGACCAUCUCGACCACAGCUUGACUGAUAUAACACCUGUGCAGGUUCUGGAAUACAAUACACCGGUGUUGGAUCAUGUGUGACUCCAAGACUCAGACAGAAACAACAUCUGUUUGAAAGAGGACACCUGUAGGAAUCUCACUGAGGAUACCGCACAGACCGUUCCGAGCACAGAUGCGGGAUGAGAGCGAUUCCUUUCACCGGAGAGCAGGCAGGACACUGGCUCAAUGCACCUGGCUGGAGCAGGCAAUACUCUUGGUGGCUGACUGCUGGGAUCAGCGAUAGAUGUACGCUGUGACGGGUGUUUGUGACAGUGGGAAUAUAGCCUAUGGGACUCGCGACAAUCAUCUGUGUUUCAAUUGUGAUGGAACAAUUUGUGGAAGAUUUACAUUACUGAUGCUCGUGAACUGACUGUGAAGUAACAGUGUUAUGGAUAAAGACUUGUUUCCUAUUCGGACCUUCAUAUUUCUUUGGUGAGACUUUGUCAGAAAUUGAUUUUUGUGCGUGGACUGUUUGAUGCCCCCUUUCUCAUUAUCUUGUGAAUGGAGUAUGUAGAAUAACGGAUUUAAUUUCUUGGAUACUGUCUCAUUCAGCGGUGUGUAAUUUUGUCGUCACAGUAUAAAUGACAUGGAUGAGAUAUCAGCGCAACUGUGAUGCCAUAGACACAGCUUAAAAUGACCUGAUUAUAUGGCUCUGUGGAUCGUUCUCUGAAGACGGUGAUCAUUAGUACACCUGGGUGGAUAUAUUCCCUGUCACAUCAGACACAGCCUUGGGUGAGGGGUCAUCAUGGACAAGGUUUACCUCAAGUACAAGGAGUCGUUGAUGAACUCACAACGCCUCAUGGAUGAGCUCGCCAUUGACCACGAGGGGGACAGCCUCGGUAUGGGGAUUAUCCGAAAGGAGAUGGACCUCAACAAUGACGAAAAGCAGUACCUGUUGGCGGUGGAACGAGGAGACGUCCCGUCAACAAGGAACUUCCUCAACAACCUCUCUGUGAAUGGCAUCAACAUCAACUGCGUGGACCCACUGGGUCGCACGGCGCUACAGGUGGCCAUCGAGAAUGAGAACAUCGAGAUGAUUGAGCUGCUGCUGUCGUUCAAUGUUGAAGUGGGAGAUGCUUUGUUACAUGCAAUAAAUGAGGAGAAUGUGGAAGCAGUGGAGUUGAUACUUAACCAUGAAGUAAAUACCAAAGGAGAAGAGGCCUUACAUCAGUUGUAUCCAUCCAGCUCAUUCAGUCCUGACAUCACACCGAUCAUUCUGGCAGGGCACCGGGACAAUUAUGAAAUCAUCAAAAUCCUCCUGGAUAGAGGGUUCCGCAUUCCCAAACCUCAUGAUGUUCGGUGUAGUUGCAAGGAUUGUUUAACGGAGAGUGAAGACGACAGUUUGCGUCACAGUCGUUCUCGGAUUAACGCCUACAAGGCAUUGGUGAGUCCUUCACUGAUUGCCCUCUCAAGCAAGGAUCCCAUCCUGACUUCGUUUGAACUGAGCCGAGAGUUGAAGCGCCUUAGCAAAAUGGAGAAUGAGUUUAAGGUGGACUAUGAGAAACUUGCCACCAGGUGUCAGGACUUCGCUGUGGACCUCCUCGAGCAGACGCGAGGAUCAAGAGAGCUGCAGAUCAUCCUCAACCAUGACACAUCGAGCGCUGGGACAGACGAACAGGGAGCAGAGAAAACCAAACUAAGCAGGUUGAAACUGGCCAUCAAAUACAAACAGAAACGGUUUGUAUCACAUCCGAACUGCCAGCAGCUUCUAGCCUCACUCUGGUAUGAGGGGUUACCCGGGUUCCGCAGGCGGAAUAUCGUAUCCAAGCUGAUGAUCACGCAAACUAUUGGCAUCAUGUUCCCUGUGAUGUCCCUGAUCUAUCUUAUAGCUCCCAAGUGUUCCAUUGGAGAACUCAUACGCAAGCCCUUUAUCAAGUUUAUCGUCCAUAGUGCUUCAUAUCUCACAUUUCUGUUUCUGUUGAUCCUUGUGUCUCAACGGGUAGAGAUACUCUCUGAAAAUGACAGUGGUAACCAUGACGACAAAGUGAAGCGGGAACUACGUGGGGCACCUGCGACGACCAUUGAGUGGAUGAUCUUAGCCUAUGUUGCUGGUUUGAUGUGGGCUGAGAUCAAACAACUAUGGGACGAUGGCGCCAAGGAAUAUAUUCAUGAUAUGUGGAACAUUCUGGACUUUGUCACCAACUCUUUGUACAUAGCAACAUUUACACUCAGACUCCUAGCAUACUUACAGGUUCAGGAGGAAAGGAGGAAUAAUGAUCCGGCAGCGCAAAAACAACGUAAAGCUUGGGACGCCUACGAUCCCAAUCUCAUCUCCGAAGCUCUUUUUGCUGCAGCUAAUAUCUUCAGUUCCUUAAAACUUAUAUAUAUAUUCACAGUCAAUCCUCAUUUGGGGCCCUUACAGAUAUCCCUAGGGCGAAUGAUCAUGGACAUUAUGAAGUUUGGAUGUGUAUAUUUUCUUGUGUUGUUUUCCUUUGCGUGUGGACUGAACCAUCUCUACUGGUACUAUGCAACUGUUCAUGCGGAUGAGUGUGCUGCAGAUAGUACGAGCUCAUCCUGUGAUAGAAAAUUCCGCAGUUUUGCAAAUUUAUUUGAGAUACUGCAGACAUUGUACUGGUCCGUAUUUGGUUUGGUGGAUCUUGAUCAUGCCGAACUUCGGCCGAAGUUCAAUCAUGAGUAUACUGAGCUGGUUGGGAAACUGAUGUUUGGGGUGUAUAGUUGGAUUGCCCUGGUAGUCCUUCUCAACAUGCUCAUUGCUAUGAUGAGCAACUCUUACCAGAUUAUAUAUAGCCAGGCGGAUGAGGAAUGGAAGUUUGCCCGCUCCAAGUUGUGGAUCAGCUACUUCGAGGACAGCGGCACGCUGCCGGCUCCCUUCAAUAUCAUUCCCAGUCCCAAGACCUUCUACUACAUUCUCGUCUGGUUCAAGAAUAAACUGUGUGCAUGCUCCAAGAAGCAGAAGAGAAACCGGUGGCAGAGUAUCAAGAAAAUUGUGAAGAAAAUCAAUGAAAGAGAAAUAAAAUAUCAGGCUGUGAUGCGCGACCUCAUCAAGCGGUACAUCAUGCAAAAGCAGCGCGGACCACAAAGAGGUGAAGGAGUCACAGAGGAUGAUGUCAAUGAGCUCAAACAAGACAUAUCCUCCUUUCGGUUCGAGCUGCUCGAGAUUCUGCGCAGUAAUGGGAUGAAAACGCCAAAUCCCAACCAACCCAAGCCGACAAAUCGCAGAUUAUCCCGAAAACGAAGUCAGAUGUCUUUAGACAGACUGAAACGCUCCCUAUCAAUGGAGCCCUUACACGAGUUGUCAACAUCUGCCAGUGCUGCAAACCAGACUUGGAAGUCGAGUUCGUUUAAACGGGAUACGUUGAGUGUGGAUAUGGCCAUUUCCCAGACGCCAGUUCAUGUUCCUUCAGUGGAAGUGACCUCCUCACGGAUAAUAGCAGAAACUAUUCCUGAGGAGAUAGAGCGGAAACGCAGGGAGUCAAUGAAACCAGCACCAGGCGAAUUCUGUGAAUUUGUUGUGAGUGCUGAUGAGAUUAAAAUCGAGACUCAUCUGGCGUCGCCAUUGGAUGAGGAUGAGAAUCAUGGGAGAUUGACAGGACUGGAGGACAAGGUUCAUCUUCGCGACGACAGACCAAACUCCACAGAGAGUGUCAUGUCUGCACAUCGCAAGGACGAGGGCCUGGGAGAGUCCUUUGACCAGUACUCAGAAGUCAGUGAUUCUUUGUCGCGGAAUGGCAACUUGAACACGGACGCAGUCACUCAUGUCGAUGAUGGGAUGCAGCCUGUGACGUUGUCCCCAUCCGAUUCCCCCUCCCACUCCCCAGCCAGAUUAAUGAAUCAUAAUUGAACUCAAAUAUACCAGGUAAAGAUUUUCUCAUGCCAAAAUCUGUAAGUCUUUUCACAAACCUUUCUUGUUCAGUUUAUGUAACCUUUACAAACCAGAGUGACCUUUACUGCUACAACAACCCAGUACCUGCAACUAGAAACACAAGAAGACCUCCUGUCACUGUCCUCCACUGCACUAAUAGUGUUAACCGACACGUGAAUAUUUAUUCACCUAUAUGCAAAUGAGCAGAUAGAGAAACAACUCCCUCAUCAAAUUCCAGUGUUGUUAACAACAAUAAUAUAUCAAGUCAUCAAGUGUGCACCGAUAGUGCAACAAUCCUUUCUCCACCUUUCUUCAGUGUGCCCCUAUAGUGCAACAAUCCUUUCUCAAGUGUGCACCGAUAGUGUAACAAUCCUUUCUCAAGUGUGCACCGAUAGUGCAACAAUCCUUUCUCAAGUGUGCACCAAUAGUGUAACAAUUCUUUCUCAAGUGUGCACCUAUAGUGUAACAAUCCUUUCUCAAGUGUGCACCGAUAGUGCAACAAUCCUUUCUCAAGUGUGCACCAAUAGUGUAACAAUUCUUUCUCAAGUGUGCACCUAUAGUGUAACAAUCCUUUCUCAAGUAUGCACCUAUAGUGUAACAAUCCUUUCUCCAGUGUGCACCGAUAGUGUAACAAUUCUUUCUCAAGUGUGCACCGAUAGUGUAACAAUCCUUUCUCCAGUGUGCACUGAUGGCUUGUUAUGAUACACUCUGUUUCAGACAGGAUUGCUUCCUCUGAUAGCACAGGCUCAACUAUUUCACAAAAAGGUUAACUUUAAAUGUGAGUGAGUGAGUGAGUGAGUAUGGUUUUACGCCGCUUUUAGCAAUAUUCCAGCAAUAUCACGGCAGGGGACACCAGAAAUGACUUUAAAUGUGAAGAAAUGGCCAGAUGUUUGUGAUAAUUGAAACAUGAUGUAUAUUUACAAAUACUCUGCAUUUGUUAACAAUGCACAUAUAUAAAUUAUUAUAACUAUAGUUGCAGAUGUUGUGUAUUUUGUAGUCAAACUUAGUUGGUAGUUUUUGUAUCAUUUCGUACCUUUGUGUGAUUUAAAUCUCAUUUGAUUACGUGGGUAUUAUUUCUAUCAGUUGUAAUAUUCUGCGUAAUACAUUUUAUGAUUCGAUGUACCUUGUGCUAUGUAUAUGAACUGAUAAAUAGGCACAAUCAAUAUAAUAAACAAACAGACCAUCUCUAUCACAACAAACAAAAUUAAAGGUGACAAAUUUUACUUUCAUUUUAUGAAUUACAAAUCUUAUUUUUUCUUUAUUAUAUCAUAUAUCAUUUAAUGUAUUUUUAUGACUUAAUAGAUUAUAAUUUAUGUUUAUUGCAUAAAUGGUUAUCAAUGGCACAACAGUUUAGUUUAAUGGGUCAGAGACCAGUACACCUGUUCAAGAGCCACCUCAUCUUUCCUGAUCAUAUUUUGGGAUGCAGACUGGAUAAAUACUUAAAACAAAUUUUAAUAAGCUGAAAACUAAAAUAAUAUUUUAAAAGAUUUGCUUGUGAAGGAUGACAUGGGUUGGAACCGAGUCUUCAGCAAUAGACUGAUGGUAGCUGCUUCAUUAGGUUGGCCAUGCCAGUUUCCUGAGGAGACUGAAUCAGUUAAUGACAUCAGAGAACAUGGUCAAACCAGUGAAGAUCUUAAAUGGAUGCAGACAGAUUCUUUAUUCAUUCAAUUAAAGUGAAUAAUCAGAGGGGUCAAGUGAAGGUCAAACUGGACUGAUAAAAAUGUGAAGAGAUCCUAGGUAGUGAACAGUUAAACAUCCAUAUUAAAAAAAAUGUAUAUUUAAAAUAUCACAUAACUUGUAUGUGUUCAGGCUAAUCAAGAAAAGUGAUGUUUUUAGUUUUUCCAAAUAUUCAUCUGGUGCUGAAAACUAUUUUUUUUAUGCAAUCUAACCAGAUUUGAAAUUAUGACACCUAUUUACCUGGACCCAUUUGCACAAAGCGAUCUUAGUACUAAGAUGAUCAUAACUCCCAUACUUUAACGUAGGCUUACGAUAGUCUUAGCACUAAGAUCACUCUGUGCAAGUGGGCCCUGAUACUGAUAAAUGAUUUUAACUUGCAAGUCACUGGCUGAAGAAGGUUUCCUCAUUGAACAAAAAUGCAAGGGAAAGUAAAAAUAAUAUUAUCCAUAUGAUCAAACAAAUAUAUGAAGUACAUGAAAAUCCAGCGAAGCACAUAUCCCUUGUGGUUUUGACUCAUUUCCUUUUCAUUUAUUGUGAUUGCUUUGAAGAUCUUUGAGUAAUCGAUUUACAGGUUUUGUUGUCUGUUUUUGUUAGUUUAGAUGUGUUGCUUGUCCCAAUGACAAAACUGUGAUUUACCUGUGUGAAGGAGGAGAGUCUGUGAUUCAACAUUGUCAAUGUGGUCUGUUGUAUACCUCGAGGGCAAAACCGGGUGGCCAUAGAUUAUUUUAAAUUCAAAUAAGACAGCCAUCUCCAGGGUUCAAGACAAAUAUAAAAACUAUUAUUGCUUAAUUUUUAGGUUUUUUUAUAAGGGUUGAGGAUUUUGGGAUGGAACAGAUGAUCUCAAAACUUUAAUUCAUUGGUUUCAAUGUGACGAGAUAAAUAAAAUUUCACAAGAUUUUGAUCGAGGGUGCUCAUAGGUAGUGUCAAACAUUACCAGAAAAAAAGACAUUUUACGUAAUUGUGUUUACAGGUUUUGGGUGUUUACAGUCAAAACGAAUAUUUCAUUGUUAUGUGAGAUAAAACUGAGUUUUGCCCUGAUCUUGCUUUAGCUUCACUGGUGUGUUGUAUGCUAUCUUUUCAACUUCUUAUUUGUAUGCUCUUCUGUCAUUAUUCUUCCUUGUUAUCCCAUCCUUUUAUCGACAUUCAUUUAAUUUGUAUUUUGAGGAUUUUCCUGUAUCAGUGUAUGUCAGUAUUAUUUGUUUAAGAAUAUAUGCAACAGAGCCAAGAUUGAACACACAAGGGUAACUGAGGAUUACAUAUGAAACAAUUGUCAGUAAAACUAAUAUUUAAUUUUUUAAAAAUAUAUAUUGUAUUAAAAUAAGUUGAAAACAGACGUUUAAGGAGAAAAUAUUUCCAUAUUCACAGAUAAAAACUUUUAUUUCAGUGUUGAGACUUUGUUCUGCUUAUGUGAAAGGUAUUAGAAAAUAGCAGGAACAUAUAUGUGACAAUUUUAUGACUCUUUGUGUUAUCUUGUAUUUAAGGUGCUACUCACAUUGUUGGAGAGUCAUUACAUCUUCUAGGCUUGAAAAUAAGCAUUUUAUUUGCUUUAAGACUAUAAUACCAUGAGGCUUUAUUUCGGAAAUGGAUGUCUAACAAAAUUCCAACAGCUCUGUUUAAUGCUGAGAGAAAUACUUCAACUACACUACCCAACAUUGCUAAGAUGACUAAAGAUGUACAUUUUGUCGUUAGUAAAUGUUGAGAAGUAUAUCAUGUUAGUAUUGGAAAGGGUUGCUUUAUAAUGUUGGAGAAAACAUGUUACAUUUUGUUUACUUUUCUUAUGAUAAUGAUGUUGUACUUCUGCUCAAAACUGGAGAUUGUUUAGAAAACAAACUUUGUACAUCUUGUAUAAAUGGACUGUUUAGCCCAGGUUUACAUGUUUUCAUUAUGGUUUGCUAUUGAUUCUAUUUCUUGUUUCUAUGAUUUGUCAAGAUGUGUAGUAUAACUUUCAACGAAUUGUUUAUUUGUUUCCAAUAGUAUUUGUUCAAGCGAUGACUCUUGACCACUGAGUGUGAGGUAUCCACUGUUAUUGUCAACCUCAUUGUAACAGUUAUGUUAUUAAAACACCAGUUUCCCAGCA